GUGUGAGGUACACACAUCUAAAUUCUAAGCACUACUUACUCACAUAUGUACAUCUAGCUGUGCAGUAGUGUGACUGCACAGCAACCUCAUGUCCUCCUGCAAGCACUGAGCAAACUGCAUUCCACAACCAUUCAGUGAGCUUUUCAUAGAUUACAAUAUCCAUUCAUCUAUCCUAUCUUCAUCACGCUUCGCACUCUCCAUCAAUCAACAGCUUAAUUGCCCCAUGACCUGAGUCUUGUCACAACUCACAAGCUUCAAUUCAAAUCUUCACAUGUGGUCCCUUGAGAUAACCAUCACCAAUAUUAUUUCUAACCACACCCUUGAACCCAGCUUGUACUUUCAAUUGGUUCAUUGCAUCUUGCAUAUACAACCUUCAUCAAUGAGUGAUGAUCAAUCUCUUCAUGGAAUUUGGGUGAAGUUGUCUGAGGUCACUGUCAAGGGUGCUCAAUAUAACUCCCCUGAAUGUCAUCCCCACCCAAAAUGUUUGGAAGGGACCUGGGUGGAUCUCCUCAAACACAUUCAUGGAUUUCUGGACAGCACAGAGAAGAAUCAGCUCAUUUGGCUGCAUGGCAUGGCUGGUGUCGGAAAGUCUGCUGUUGCAUUCACAGUAGCUGUGAGGAUGAGAGGUCUAAAAAUGACAGAAGAGAUGAACAUCAAAAAGCAGCUAGUGGGGACAUUCUUUUUCUUGCACAAGCACAUGAAAUGCUGCACAGCUGGAUAUUUUUUUGUGACACUUGUCUACCAGCUUGCCACCAAUUUCCCCAGCAUUUGGAAUGAUGUGAACAAAACUAUCUGGGACAAUCCUGCUCUACUAGAUCCAGGCACACCUCUCUGUGACCAGAUGGAGGCCCUCUUUCUCCAACCUCUCUGGUGGCUUUGA